CUUGGCAGUGUUAUCUUAUUCUCCACCUUUGCUCUCUUUUGUUUUUAAGUUGAGUGACGUUUUCGCUUGCUUGAUCGCAGACCGUUCAGUGACUCUUAUCUGUUUCCGAGUGGCUUUUUUGGAUUGCUUAUCUGGCGUAGAUGGCCAUGCGUUCCUGCCGCAGUGAUAUGGAUUAUUUUCCGGAUUGUUUAAGAUUGCCAUAGUUUCGAUAUGCAAGGGGCCGUUUUUAUGCCUCACAACCCCCAACAAGGCUUUCCGCCCCCAAGCGGCCCCAUAGUUACCGAAAUGGAGGCAUCGCCCUCGCCCAACCAAAUGACCAAAGAGGCCUUAGCCAAUCGCAGCGAUUCGGGUAUUUUCUCGUCAACCACCAACACCACCAUUGACCAAACCGACCUCUCCAAAAACUCCGAUUCCGACAACAGGAGCGACUGCUCCUCGCCCGAAAGGAAGUACGUCUGUCCGAUCUGCGACCGAAUCCUAACAUCCCAACACGAAUUCACUCUACACAUCCGGUCGCACAAUAACGAAAACGAAGUGCAGGACACCGAAAAGGGCUACACCUGCAGGAUAUGCCAAAAGGUACUCAGCUCGAAUAGCAGUCUGGACCGCCACGUCCUAGUGCACAGCGGCGAGCGUCCCUUCCACUGCAAAUACUGCGGGGACACUUUUACCACCAACGGCAACAUGCACAGACACAUGAGGACGCAUUCCCAUAAGUCCGAUAACAACUAUGAGUCCGACGGAAGCGUGGACAGUAACAGUUCUAAGAGUACCGAGUUCAAUAACAAUAAGGUGGAAAAAGUGAACAGCAAUAAAAGGAAAAUCGACAGUCCGGACGGUAGCAGCAAAAGGCUACGAGACAACUGCAGCGACAGCGAAACAUCGCAGUCGUACAGGUGUCCCGUAUGCGAAAGAUCGGACUUUAACACCUUGUCCAACCUGGAAGCCCACUUAGAAGACAAUCACCCCGAUUACCCCGCCAAGUGCAACCAAUGCAAUAAUGUUUUCCUCAACAACAAGCAGCUGACGGCGCACAAAGCUACGAACCAUGAAAAUAUCGUUUCCCGACACUCCGUGGUCGGUUUCAAGGACCUCACCUUCGUCGACUUUUCAAGCGAAAAGUUUCCCCACAUCGCUCGAAGGGAAUGUGAGUUGAACCUUCAUAAGGUGUCUGGAGGGUUGAAGUUUCAAUGCAGGAAAUGCACCAGGGCAUUCCCUUGCAACAACUCUCUAGAGAUCCACGAGAAAAACUGCAUUCCCGUAGAACACGCCAACGGCUUGGACCUCAGCACCAUUUCCCAACCCGAAAUUAGACGUAUGGAAUUCUUUUCCAGGCUCAACUUGCUAAACACAUCUCCUGAGAAACAAGUUCUACCUCUUCAACAAAACAAAACUCCGAAUAAGCUGCAGGAGCACCUAGCGAAAGCGAUGGACAAUACCAAAGACUUAGCAGAUAUCCAGUCUAUCCUAUCCAACAUUAACCUGCAGCAACUCCAGGCUAAACAGGGUGAAUUGAGGUUACCGACUUCAAAGUCACAAAUGGAGCACUCUCCCGAGUUUCAGAAAAACGAACAAGAGGAGGAGUCCCAGGAUCUGUUCGCCGUGGAGUUUAGAAAAAUGAAGUUACGGGGAGAAUUUCCUUGCAGGUUGUGCACCGCGGUGUUCCCCAAUUUGCGAGCUCUGAAAGGGCACAAUAGAGCCCACCUCAACGGGAAUACCAACGGGACGUACCACUGUAACAUGUGCCCUCAUUCGUCCAUCGAUAAAGCGGCCUUGAUCAGACACAUGCGAACUCACAACGGAGACCGACCUUACGAAUGCUCAUUGUGCAACUACGCCUUUACCACCAAAGCUAACUGCGAAAGACAUCUGAGGAAUAGGCACGCCAAGACCACGAGAGAAGAAGUGAAAAAGUCUAUAAUCUACCAUCCCUCGGAAGAUCCUACCAACGAUGACCUCAACAAAUUGGCGGCAAAGGAAGAACCAAAGAAAUUAAAUAUACCGUCUUCUUCUGAAGCGAACGACUUACCUCCGGACAAAAUGAUAUGCUCGACACCAAAGAUUUCUGACGCCUUACGGAGCCACAUGUCCGAUAUAAAGACGGACAUGAACCUGCUUAAGCCCAAUGUAACACCCUUGGUACAAGAGUUGCCCGUAUUGAAGCCACAAAAGAUUUUCCCGAAUAUUAACGACAUCAUUCGAAAUGAAAAUCUGAGAUCGUUAAAGGAACAUAAGAUGUUACAUAACGGAGUAGUACCUUUGUUACAGCCUAAUUUUGGUUACACUCAACAAAAAAUUCAAGUCAAAAGCUUAGAGGCUCUAAAAGAAAACGUCUACGACGAGUCCGAAGAGGAGUACGUCGAGGAAGAAGAGCAACCCAUGGACCUAGUUUUGGAUUUGAGCAAAAAGAAAUGCGACGAGGAUAGCAAGCGCCACCGAGAGGAAUUACCUCAAGAUUUAACCAAGAAAACGCCGCCACCACCAAGUCCUGUAACGCAAUUACCACCUAAUAUGGGAGAGUUGUUCGCUCAGCAACUCCUUAAGACACCUCCAAAAAUAGACCAGGCAGCCUUAUACGCAACUCAGCUAGCCCACUUUUACCGUAGCGGCUUCCCAGCUUUGUCCAACUGGACUGGCUUUCCUUUGAACCCUUUGCUCUUUCCCGCUUUAGCUCCUACGUUGCCCCAAAAUUCACAAGAUCUUAAAGAACGCAUGCAGAGGUUUCAGUUAUGCGGUGGGUCCAUGAUAGCAGAGGAUUUAAAAAACCUGCAGAAUCUACAAAACCUACAGCAGCAAUCGCUGCGAAGCCCUACGUCUAACUACAACGGAUUUAAGAUAGAACCCAAGCCGGAAAUCAAACAUUUGUCCACACCGAAAAAACCCGAGGACAUGAAACCGCUAAGUUUGGACGUGGAUACGAAAUUUGUUGAUAAUACAUCUAAAAUGCAAAGUCCUAUUCCGCAAAUAAAAGACUUGAUGCCGUCCCCUAAUUCUGUAAAGAUGGUGAUAAAGAACGGAGUGCUGAUGCCGAAACAGAAGCAGAGGAGAUACAGGACGGAACGACCCUUCGCCUGCGAACACUGUUCGGCUAGAUUCACACUGAGAUCGAACAUGGAACGGCACAUUAAACAGCAGCAUCCCCAAUUUUGGUCUCAGCGCCAAAGAGGCAGCGUCGGAAAUCCAGGCCGUAAGGCCCAGUCCCUGCCCAUGAAGCCGAGCUAUUGCGACCUCAGCAUUCCAAACUAUGAAGCAACGAGGUCGCACGAGUACAACGAUACCAAAGAAUUACUAAAUGAAAAGAUUAAACUAGCCAUUUUAGAGCAGCAACUGAGAGCGAGUCAAAACGUUAAUCAGGAUGAAAAAAAGGACGAGGAUGAGGACUGUGAACUGGUCAUAGACGAGAACGAAGAGAAACCCGAACCAAAGACUGAAGAAACCAACCAAAGAAACGAGUACGACAGGAGUCGGAUCUUGGAGGGGAAACUGCAACAAUUUAAAUCCGAAGUCAAAAACGUUAGGAACGAGGAGAAUCAGGACCUAGUGCCCGUCUCACGACUUCUGGACAAUGCUUCUCAACAGCAAUUCAAAGAGUUCUUUAAACGAGAAGGUGAGGAAGCCGAAGUUGGCGGUGCGAGCGAGGAAGAUGAGGAAGGACUUGUGGCGAGCGGCAGCACCAGUGAGGGAAAUGUUUCUGGUACGGACGAAAACAGAUCAGAAUCCGAGACGACUCAACCGGUGAAGAAAAAAUCUGCCUAUUCCCUGGCACCGAACCGCGUCAGCUGUCCCUACUGCAGCCGCAAAUUCCCGUGGACCUCUUCCUUACGAAGACACAUCCUGACCCACACCGGCCAGAAACCGUUCAAGUGCAGCCACUGUCCCCUCCUCUUCACCACCAAAUCCAACUGCGACCGUCACUUGUUACGCAAACACGGCAACACUGCAACCACCAUAACCAACGACGCCGGCAACAACAACAACGCCAAUUAUCUGAUGAGAAACGUCCCCGAGCGACCUUUCAAGUGCUCCAGCUGCCCCAGCAGCACAUUCUCAACUUACUCGAACCUAAAAAAGCACAUCAGCUGCAAGCAUUCAACCAACGCCCAAGGAGACGACAUCAAAGCUCAGGGAUACGAGGCUGGCAGUUCCGAAGACGAGAAAAUUCCUACCACUGAGGUGAAAAGCGAUUGGGAGAACCAAUUAGCGUACAGCAAGUUAAACGUGGAUUUAUCCCAAGCCGUACAAAACUCUGACCUGCCGUUCAAAUGCCACCUGUGCGAGGGCUCUUUCUCCGAGCGCCAAGACGCCCUCGACCACAUCAGAGAUAGACACGCCUCCGAGUACGACUUGCUGAUGUCCAAGAAUGCCCUGGACACCAACGCCACCACUCCCGACGACGCCACCCACCAGGACGACGAAGAAAGUGAAAUACGCGGUAAAUUUCCCGACUACUCCAACAGAAAAGUGAUCUGCGCGUUCUGCAUGCGCAGGUUUUGGUCCGCGGAGGACUUGCGACGACACAUGCGCACCCAUACCGGGGAAAGGCCAUUCAGCUGCGACAUCUGCCGACGGAGGUUCACGCUGAAGCACAGCAUGCUGAGACACCGGAAAAAGCACAAUGUGAACUUCGAAAACGACAACAACAACAGCGACGAAGACGGAAACAAUGUUCCUCCUGGAUUCGAGAAGCAUCCCAAAGAGGCGCACAAGAGCGAAAAGUCGGAGGAGUCGGAUGGUACCGAAGGGGGAGACCUAAUAAGCAACCUCUUAGGAUUAAGAGAUAGGUCCAUUAUAGAUAAGGUUUUAACUGCUUCCGCAGAUGACGCUGCGAAGCUCUUAGGGGUUAAGAAUGGGGUUAAAGAAUAGUCGUAAUAUUUAUUUUUUAUUUUUCCUGUUAAAUCUCAAAUUGUUUUUAAAAUUAAUUCAAGGAAUAUUGUAUAUUUUAUACAUUUUUAAGUGGUAGGUUUAGUUUGUAACAUAUUUCAGUCUAGUCAGGUUGAUUCCAACGAAUAUAGCAUCAAAUGCUACUUGUAUAAAAAAAAAGGAAAUGAGUAUAGCCUAGUUACAGUUGUAUUAUAUUAAUUUUAUUACCUAAACUUAAUCUUAAAUUAUUAUUUAAUAUAUUUCUUUGUAUAUAACAAAAAACGAUACGGUCUAGGUAUACCAAAAAGUAAUUUAUUUCUGGUAAUUUUCGAACGCGAUUUUAGAAAUCGUACCGGAGAUUGCCACACACCGAGUCUAAACGUACUUUUUGCCUUAAAAUAUAAAAAUGUGACUUACCCUAUUGCCUUUAGGAUUAUCAAACACUGUACACUAAAAAGCAAUAUAUUUGUACUCUAGAAUUGAUUUCGAGGAACUCUGUAAAUAUUUUUUGCCCAAAGAAAAUUGAUGACGGAUUUAAAUAGAAAAUGUGCCGAUGGUUGAAGAAGUUUAAUAGGUUUAUUAUUUUGUUGAAUUUUUACGAAUUUUAUUUUUUACUCGAGCAUAUUUUUUCUUUAAGUCGUCGAUAUAUGUAAAUUUACUUAGGGGUUAAUAAUCAAAAUUAGAUUUAAGAGGUUUUGUUUGAGCAAAAGCUUAAGCAGAAUGCGAGUGCUAACGCCUAGUUUUGCUGUGAAACUUAUAUAACAUUGACACGAUUUAUAAUUUUCUUGUGCACUUCUCGAUUAGUAUGGUAUUUUUCACACAUUCACGCUGUGUCUUAAAAAUUCAUAGCAAAUGAUAUGAGCCGUCGAAGCGCCUCCUUCUUUGGAGGAGGCGGAGGUUAUAUCAGAAAGCGACUUAGCAAUUUUCAAAGCAAUUUGAGUGAGUAAAGUAGAUUUAAACGUAUUAAUUUGUAAUGGUUACUGUUAAUGCGGAUUUUUUCAUAAUUUUAAACUUAUGCCAUAUUUAUGUAGAAUACUGAGUUUAGUUAUGAAACAUAUC